AGUGAGGGAACAGCAACUAUCCGCACCAGGAAGUUUAUGACAAAUCGCCUGCUAUGCAGGAAACAGAUGGUGGUUGAUGUGCUGCAUCCAGGCAAGCCUGGUCUCAGCAAGAACCAGAUUCGUGAGAAGCUGGCGAAGAUGUACAAGGUUACGCCAGAUGUGGUCUUUGUUUUUGGUUACAAGUGCCACUUUGGAGGAGGCAGGAUGACUGGUUUUGCGCUGAUUUACGACACCCUGGACUUUGCCAAGAAGUUUGAGCCCAGGCAUAGGCUGGUGCGGCAAGGCUUCCUGGCCAAGCCGCCCGGCGGCCGGAAACUGCGCAAGGAGCGCAAGAACCGCAUGAAGAAGGUGCGCGGCACGGCCAAGGCCAAGGUGACCUCCGGCAAGAAGUGAGCUGGCCGGCCGUCCACCAUCACUGCUCCCUCAUCUGUGUCCCUGCGACUGUCAAUAAAUACCUGACCGUCGCCA